AUGUGUUUGGGUUUCUUCUCCGCAGUCCCUGGCUCCACCUCUUCUGCCACAAACAUCAGCAUGGUGGUAUCUGCUGGCCCCCGGUCCAGUGAGAAGGCAGAGAUGAACACUCUAGAAAUCAAUGAGAAAUUGCGCCCACAGCAGUUCAGAAACCUGAAAGAGAAAUUUCUUGUAACUCAAGUGGCCUACUUCCUAGCCAACCAGCAGAACAAAUACAAGUAUGAAGAAUGCAAAGACCUCAUAAAAUCUAUGCUGAGGGAAGAGCUGCAGUUCAAGGAGGAGAAGCUUGCAGAGCAGCUCAAGCAAGCUGAGGAGCUCAGGCAAUAUAAAGUCCUGGUUCACUCUCAGGAACGAGAGCUGACCCGGUUAAGGGAGAAGUUACGGGAAGGGAGAGAUGCCUCCUGCUCAUUGAAUCAGCAUCUCCAGGCCCUCCUCACUCCGGUUGAGCCUGACAACUCCAAGGGUCAGGACCUCCGAGAACAGCUGGCUGAGGGGUGUAGGCUGGCAAUGCACCUUGUCCACAAGCUCAGCCCAGAAAAUGAUGAAAAUGAGGAUGAAAAUGAUAAAGCUGAGGAGCUUGAUAAAGUACAGGAAUCACCUGUCCCCAGGGAGGCACAGAAGGCUGAAGAAAAGGAAGUCCCUGAGGACUCACUGGAGGAAUGUACCGUCACUUGUUCAAAUAGCCACGGCCCUUGUGACUCCAACCCGCCUCACAAGAACACCAAAAUCACAUUUGAGGAAGACAAAGUCAACUCAACUCUGGUUGUAGACAGUGAAUCCUCUCAUGAUGAAUGGCAGGAUGCUUUAAACAUUCUCCCAGAAAAUCAAAAUGAUGAUGAGGAAGAGGAAUGGAAAGCGCCAGUGCCCCCCAGGAAGCUACAGGAGUCUGAAGAGAAGGAAGUCCUGCAGGACUCCCCGGAAGAAAGUGUUUUGACUUCUUGUAGUGACCAUGAUGUGUCCCAAUCUUACCAACCUUGUGAAGGCACUUUCUUGGCACUGGAUGAACAGAAAGUUUGCUUUGCUCAGGAUGUAGCCAGUGAACACUCCAAUUCCAAAGGGGAGGAAACCCCACUUGGUUUCCCAGAGCUGGGUUUAGAGUCUUCCCUUGCAAUGAAGAACCCUCCCCAGCUGGAAGGUGAUGCUCUUGAAGGCUCAGCUGACAAUACACAUGGGCAUCAAGUCAUUGGCCACAUUCAUGCCUCAAGUGUCCUAAAACCAAAAAUGAUCAAAAGAAAACUGCCGUUCAGCAAGUGGAGACUGGCAUGCAGAUUCCCUGGCCUGCCAGCUUAG